CACCUCUAUUACGAACGCUGAGUUCAGUAACCAGGAGGCAAGAAUGCGACAUCACUUUCGACUUCGACCGCCGAGAACACGGCAUUAGUUGGUACAUAAGAGUGCUACUAACCCAGUGCUUGGGUUCGUGUUGAGACCACAUCCGCCAAAGUAUCGUCAAGACCCAAGGUUGCCUUUACAAGAGUCCGAGCCACUCACAGCGCCCUUCAAAAUGCAUAUCUCUUCGAUUCUACCGUGCAUGGCUCUCGCCGUCAGCCAGGCCACGGCGGCCACCGUGCACAUAUGCGGCGACUCGACAAUGGCCAAGGGCGGCGGCGGCUCCGGCACGCAGGGGUGGGGCCAGUACCUGCAGUACUCGCUGCCCUCGAGCACUUUCACCGUGCAGAACGACGCCAUCGCCGGCCGCAGCGCGCGCUCAUACACGCGCGAGGGCCGCUUCCAGGCCGUCGCCGACCAGCUCAAGUCCGGCGACUGGGUCGUCAUCGAGUUCGGCCACAACGACGGCGGCAGCCUGUCGCCGACCGACAAUGGCCGCUCCGACUGCUAUGGCGACGGGUCCCAGACUUGCCAGACCACUUACAAUGGUGCUGCCGAGACGGUCCUCACGUAUCCGGCUUACUACGAGAACGCGGCUAAGUUGUUCGUGGCCAAGGGCGCUAAGGUCAUCAUGAGCUCGGCCACGCCGAACAAUAUCUGUGAGAGCGGUACCUGCAGUUGGAGUGCGAGCCGGUUUGACUACUAUGCAUGGUAUGCUGCUUCCGUAGCCGGCGGAACAGCGAAAGGUGUCUACCACGUACCUCACGGCACUUAUGCGGCCCAAGUGAUGAAGAACUUGGGAGCUUCGACCGUCAACGCCAACUAUCCCAACGACCAUACGCACACAGGUCCGUACAUGGCGGAUAUAAUGGCGAGGGCGUUCGCUUUGGGACUGAAGUGCGGUACGAGCGCUUUGGGAGCUGCCAUCACGAACUCGACUAGCUCCAUGACUUCGACGGUCCUGGGGCCGUGUAUCACUUACAAUAGUACUGUUCCCAUUUGAGGAGGGUCAAUAGAUGCAACUAAGAUAAUAGAUAUCAACC